CCAAAAAAAUUCACACCAAACAUCACUAUUGUCAGCAUCAUCAUCAUCGUCCCACCAUGCUGCUGCCCCCCUCUUCCCCAUUUUCCUCAAUUAUCAAAUUAUUGCUCUUUCUAACACUCCUUCAUCGUCUUCCUCGAGCUCGAACAGCUCCUGUAAGAAUCGGCAAUGGCUACCGUCUGAUCUCCGUCAGCACCCCAUCCAACGGCGCUGUUUUAGCCACGCUCCAAGUUAAGCAGAAGAACAACAUCUACGGAGCAGAUAUUCCACUCCUGCUACUUCACGUCAAGCAUGAAACGGAGAGCCGUUUAAGGGUUCGCAUAACGGACGCAGAAAAGCCCCGAUGGGAAGUUCCGUACAAUCUUCUUCCUCGAGAAAACCCUCCAAACAAAAAACCACAAACACCACUCGCCAUUACAAGAAAAAAUACCUCGGAGCUCGCCGGAAAAGAGCUUGUCUUCACCUACACAGCAGACCCAUUCACCUUCUCCGUCAGAAGAAAAUCCAACGGCGAGAUUCUCUUCGACUCGACCGCCGGUCUGGUCUUCAAGGACCAGUACCUCGAGCUGUCCACCAAGCUCCCGAAAGAGGCGUCCCUGUACGGGUUGGGGGAAAAUACCCAGCCCCAGGGAAUCAAGAUCCGACCCGGGGAACCCUACACUCUGUACACCACCGAUAUCUCCGCCAUAAACCUGAAUGCGGAUCUGUACGGGUCGCACCCGGUUUACAUGGACCUGAGGAAUACGGGCGGGGCCCAUGCAGUCCUGCUGCUCAACAGUAACGCAAUGGACGUCUUCUACACGGGGGAUUUGCUGACGUACAAAGUUAUCGGGGGCAUUUUCGACUUUUACUUCUUCGCCGGACCCUCGCCGUUGGAUGUCGUCGAUCAGUACACCGCCUUGGUUGGCCGGCCCGCGCCUAUGCCUUACUGGGCUUUUGGUUUCCAUCAAUGCCGAUGGGGCUACCACAAUCUGUCCGUGGUCGAGGACGUGGUCGAGAGCUAUAGAAUGGCGAAAAUACCCCUCGACGUCAUAUGGAACGAUGACGAUCACAUGGACGGACACAAGGACUUCACUCUCAACCCGACCAACUAUCCUCGACCGAAAUUGUUAGCCUUCUUGGACAAGAUCCAUGCCCGAGGAAUGAAGUACAUUGUCAUAAUCGACCCCGGGAUCGGCGUAAACACGAGCUACGGCGUCUACCAACGAGGCAUUCAAAACGACGUAUUCAUCAAGUAUCAGGGGAAGCCUUACUUGGCUCAAGUCUGGCCCGGAGCCGUCAACUUCCCCGACUUCCUCAACCCGAAGACCGUUGAGUGGUGGGGCGACGAAGUUCGACGGUUCCAUGAACUCGUCCCCGUCGACGGCCUAUGGAUCGACAUGAACGAGGCGUCGAAUUUCUGCACUGGGCUUUGCACGAUUCCGGAGGGUCGAAUUUGCCCGAAUGGAACAGGGCCAGGAUGGGUAUGCUGCCUCGACUGCAAGAACAUCACGAGCACGAGAUGGGAUGAUCCACCGUACAAGGUCAAUGCGUCGGGGAUCAACGCGCCGAUCGGUUACAAGACUAUAGCGACGAGCGCGUAUCAUUACAACGGAGUUUUGGAGUACGACGCGCAUAGCAUCUACGGAUUCUCGCAAUCCGUUGCGACUCAUAAGGCUCUUCAACGGAUCGAGGGGAAGCGCCCGUUUAUCCUCUCACGCUCGACGUUCGUAGGAUCGGGACGUUACGCUGCGCAUUGGACGGGCGACAAUAAGGGAACUUGGGAAGAUCUUCGAUACUCGAUCUCCACGAUGCUGAAUUUCGGGAUAUUCGGUGUCCCGAUGGUCGGAUCGGAUAUAUGUGGCUUCUAUCCGGCUCCUACCGAAGAACUCUGCAAUCGUUGGAUCGAGCUCGGCGCAUUCUACCCGUUCUCGAGGGAUCACGCGAAUUUCUACUCUCCAAGACAGGAGCUUUAUCAAUGGGAUUCGGUUGCGAUCUCGGCUAGAAAUGCGCUCGGCAUGCGGUACAAGCUUUUACCGUAUUUGUACACGUUGAGCUUCGAGGCGCAUACGACGGGCGCGCCGAUGGCCCGUCCCCUGUUCUUUACGUUCCCGAAAGAUACGUCGUUGUAUGAAUUGAGCACGCAGUUCUUGCUCGGUAGCAAUCUGAUGGUGUCUCCGGUGUUGGAGUCGAAUCGAACCACCGUCGACGCGGUGUUCCCACCAGGGAGCUGGUACAACAUGUUCGAUACGACGGCGGUGAUUCUAUCGAAAGAAACAAAGAAAGUGACGCUCCGCGCGCCGCUGCACGUGAUCAAUGUGCAUUUGUACGAGAACGCCGUGAUCCCGAUGCAGCGCGGCGGGUUGAUCUCGAAGGAGGCGAGGAAGACGCCGUUCACGAUCUUCGCAGCGUUCCCGCUCGGCGCGGAUGAAGGACGAGCGAAGGGGAAUCUUUUCCUCGACGACGACGAACUCCCCGAGAUGAAAAUUGGAAAUGGAAAGUCGACGUAUUUGGAUUUGUACGCGACAAUCGGGAAUGGGAGCGUGAAGGUGUGGUCGGAGGUGCAAGAAAGUAAGUUUGCAUUGGAUAACGGGUGGAUCAUCGAGAAGGUGACGGUGCUCGGGUUGAAGGGUAACCCGAGCGGUUUAACGAUCGAGGUGGACGGAAAGGAGACCCGCAAUGCGAGGAGGGUUGAGGUGAGCAUGACAGAACAUGAUGUGUACGAGGAAGAGAGUAGGAGUUAUGGUAAGAGUAAGAAUGUGAUGGUAGAGAUUAAGGGACUGGAAUUGCUUGUGGGGAAGAAGUUUGCCUUGACAUGGAAGAUGGGAUUAGGAGAUAAGGCAUGAUGUUAACAAUUCUUACAUCAUGUCCUGAGUUGUCUCAAGAAUAGUUUGUUAUGGAGAAUAAUUUUGGGUUGUGUG